AUGUCCGGAGAAAGGAGCAGGCGAUCGCUGGCCUUCCGCACGGCCCCCGCCCCGCCGCCGCCACCACCUCCGCCACCCGCGCUCUCGCCUAACUGCGACCCCGAGGCUUCGCCCCCGGCCUCCGCGUCGGUCACCUGUGACCAGCCGGCCUCCGCUCCUUCCUCGGCGGAGGCCGGCGGGGCGGAGGCCGCGGUAGAGGCCUCGCGCUCGGCCUCGGUGGGGACGGACCAGGACUGGGUGGAGACGGUGGUGGUGGACGACGACUACCCGGAGGAGGUGUCGGUGCGGGUGGUGGACGGCGGCUCCAUCAGCAGCAACGAGUCGGAGGAGGAGGAAGAAGAGCAGGAGGAGGAGGAGGAAACGGCGGCCGCGGAGGUGGUGGAGGAGGUCGGGGAAGGGGAGCGGGACGAGGAGUUCGAGGGCAGCGACGGGGGCUGCGGCGGCAUGAGGCUGGGGUCAGGUCUGACCCUCCUGGGUCGGCCCCAGUCCUACCUACUGCCUCAGCGCCGCACUUUCCAGAGGUCGUGGCUGCAGGAGUUCCCGUGGCUUCAGUACGACCAGGAGACGGGCCUCAUGUACUGCUCGUGGUGCCUGCGGGGCGAGGGGGGCGACCUCCACCACAACAACCGCAACAAGUUCGUGAAGGGAAGCCGCAAUUACAGGAGGACCACUUUACUGCGGCACCACCUCUACACCGAGCACCGGGACAACGACCCCUCGCCCCCCUGCAUUGAGGAGUCUGAUGGCACAUCCAGAUCCAUAGAUGAGAUAUACACCGAGUACAAAAGUGAUAGAAAUGAGAAUUCCUAUUGCUAUCAACUGCUUCAGGAGCUGAAUGAGCAGCGGCAGCAAGGCAUUCUGUGCGAUGUCAACAUAGUGGUGAAAGGACAGGUUUUCAAAGCCCACAAAAACAUAUUGGUUGCAGGCAGCCGUUACUUUAAGACUCUGUAUUGCUGUACUCCAAAUGAAAGCUGUGACCAGGUCACAGUUACACACCUCGAUGUAGUUGCGGUGCAAGGUUUCACAGUCAUUCUUGAUUUCAUGUACUCUGGGCACCUGGUUUUAACUAGCCAGAAUGUAAUUGAGGUUAUGUCUGUUGCAAGCUACCUACAAAUGACAGAGAUUGUUCAGGGUUGCCGUGGUUUCAUAAAGGAUGCGUUAAACAUCAGUACAAAAUCUAAUGCGGCAGAGAAAUUAAUCGUACAACAUGAGAAGGUAAAGGCCUCCAACAGGACCUACAGAAAUGACAAAGCAGCCACACUGAAGGCAGAGCCCAGUAGUCUUUGGGUAAUCAAGUCAUCAGGUUCAAUGAAUAACUCUGCCAUAGGAGGCCUGCACGAAGAAAGAAACAAAUAUGAAAUGGAGGGCUACAGUCUGGAUAUGGGUUCACUAAUGGACCAAAAUGAGUGCUACCAGACGAAUGAUUCGACCUGGAAUCAAGAUAACUUUUCGGAGUAUGUUGGAAAAGAUAUACAGCUAGGACUACCUCAAGAUCAGAAUCCAGCUUUCUCGUGGGGUAAUUUGGGGAAAUUGAUGAUGCAGCAGACUGCGCCUCGAAGCGGACGAAGGAAAAACCACAUAACCAGAAGAGUUGUGUAUAAUGUUGCACCAAAGUCUGAGGAGGGCAUUGAGGAUGGCCUGAUGAUCCAGCCUCCUAUGGCAUUCUCUGAGGAGGGGUUGCAUGAAAUUCCGAUUGAUUCUGCAACAUAUACAGCAGGGACUUCAGACCAGUACAGAUUUGGGCUGUUACAUGAAGCACACAAUAGAGAAGCCUGGUUAAACGGUGACGCCUUGGCUGGUAGUCAAAACAAAUUCAAGUGCCCUCAUUGUAAUUACAUCGCCAAGUACCGCCGCACACUGAAGAGGCACCAGCUGAUACACACUGGAGUCCGCUCUUUUGCUUGUGAUAUCUGUGGAAAGUUGUUCACACGAAGAGAACAUGUAAAAAGGCAUUCCUUAGUACACAAGAAGGAUAAAAAGUACAAGUGUAUGGUGUGUAAAAAGUUCUUCACUUUAGCAGCAAGUGUGGGAAUUAGACACGGGUCUCGUCGUUAUGGCGUGUGUUUGGAUUGUUCUGGGGGUGAGAGACAACCAAAAGUCGAGCAGGAUAGCAUGGACUUGAUGGUUGAUCCAGAAUUUUUUAAGGAAGAACCAGAGGAACUGGAAGAACAAGAAGAAUCCGGAGGACAAGAACAGGAAGAAGAGAGAAUGAUAGAUGAAGAUGUUGCAGAUGAAGAUGGAGGGCUAGUUGAUAGAGAUGAGUGGGAAGAUGCUGGGGCUAGUGAGACAUACGUCAUAUUAGACAAUGACUAGCUGAUGGAUGUGCUCUUGUAUUAUAAAAUUGCAAAGUGUAACUGUGGUGGUUCAGCACUGUAUAGACAGACCCUAUGAAUUUUAUCUGAAUUGCAAUGAUUAUGGAUUGGUAACAAAACACUAAAUUUUCCAUAUUUUGCUGGUAGCUAUGAACAUUGGUGGAUGAUAAUUGAUGCUUUGGUGAUUGUAGUAAGAACUGCUAAAUGGCAGUUCCAUAUAUGUAAUGAAGAAAGUGUAUUAGAGUCAGUGGUGGGCAAUUCCCUGUAACAAGUGGGAUUAAAAUUAUAAUUUUUUUCUGUUGACGAUUAAGGUAGUUAACUACUGUACAAAAUACAGUAAAAUAACCGAGACCUGGCACGAGAGCGGGGGAGCAGAUGAUUUGCAUCCCACUGACUGGUGGAAUAGAGGUUUGGUUUGAGGGAAUUUUGGGAUUUGAACUAUUUCAAAGAAUCGGGUCUGAAUCUUCAGAGAUUUUUUUUUUCUAUGCAUUUUCAAGUCUCAACCUUCCAGAGAGGGAAACCUAUCUGUUGACUAUAUUCUGUAGGUGCUAGUAACUAAGAUCUUUUUUAAAAUUUUAAGUUAUUUUUGUGCUCUGUAAAUUUGCAUAAUGCCAACAUACAACCUUAUUAAGGCUCAUGGGGAAGUAAAUUGAAAAAUGAAUGGCAUCUUAAGGAAAUAUUUGCUAAUUGUAGAGUUGAAACAAAACAAAUUCAUUGUGUGGAAUUGUUAACAGACCAAGCUAUAAACUCAGUUUGUGAAAACUGAGAAACAGUUGGACAUGUACUUCUAAAUGGUAAUUUACUUGUUAUGCAGCAAGUCUUGGUCUUACUGAAUAAAUUAGUCACCAAUGUUUAACUGAAGUCGGCUUCCACAAAGCAAUGAAUAUAUUUUUCUUUCCAAAGAAGCCAGGGGUGGAAUGAACAAAUUUGUAGGAUUAUCUGUUUAAUUGAGUGAAAUCCUGGAGGGAAAUUGAGAUUACCAUCCUUUUUAAAAAUGACCCAUUUUGUGCAAAUUGCACACUCCUCCCCCUGGAUUCGGGAUCUGAUUCUCUUUACACACACUACAUUGCAAGAAUGCAUCUAGCUAUGGUGGUUUUGCAAAUGAAAGUUUGCAAGUUUGGUCUGUCUGAAUAUCGGGAUUAGGUUUUGUAAUGACAGAUAAUUUUGUAUGUGCCUGGGACUCCAAUUUACUACUUGCAUAUUUUUAUUUAAAAAAAAUUCUAAUUCAGUUUUUUUCCAGAUUAUCCAGAUUAUCCAAAAAUAAUGGCAUAAGAAAUUUUGAAGAUGGAAAGGGGAAAAAUAAAGCCAGUAAAGGUGUAUUUGACCAAAUAUAGUAGCAAGCCAAGUUGUACAGGUACCCAAUCAAUUGAAAUACAAAAUGGACCCAGAUGAUUUGCAGAUAACUAGCUAAUGGAAUUGAUCCUAAAUGAUACAAUUGUCUUGUAACAGGGUUUCUGCUCUGUAGACUUUAAGGAGGUGAGCUCUGCUAAUUAAUUAACGGUGCUUAUAAUUUUGGGGUGUGAAAGGUAGGGAUUGAAAAACAUUUUAUUUUUAUAAAGUCACAAAGUAGGAUGUUUAUUUCAACAAAGUGUCUGCAUCUACAGCUGCUCAGUGCUGUUGUAUUCCUUAGCUAACAUCUGUAUGCUAGAGAGCCUGCUGGGAUAAAAUUAUAAUUUCUGUUUCACAGUAUGCUGUGGAUAUGCACAUAAUUUUACAAGCUUCUAAAUUGUUGAACCCGCAGGGAUAUUUUAUUUCCUGAUUUUAUGGGUGACAAAGAAACAUAAUUGUUUUCUUUCUCUCGUUUCUUUCCAUUUGGAAAAUUUCCUAGGCCUAAAGCGGCUCAGAUAGAAAGCUGUGAUUUGCAAACUGGAGGUGAACAAUUCCUUUAUAACAAUAGGGUAACAUCUUUCUUCUCUCUUCGCCACACUUUAAAAAGUCAAAAUUUAAAUAGGGAAUCCAAUAGAUUUGUAACAGUGUAACCAUUUGUAAUUUGUAACCAGCUAGAGUGUUGUAUCUCAGCAAAUUAUUACAGAAAGAAAACUGACUUCUCACUCACCUUGGAACAGCCAGGUUCUCUUGAAAGCUUCUGGUCACUUUGAAUGGAAUACAUGUCACCUUAGUUGAAUAAACUACGUUGCCUUGGUAUGGAGCUGAAGUAGUUUAUUCACUUUAAUAAAUCUCUCAAAUAUGACAUUUAUAUGCUGAAUAGUAGAAACUCUAAUUCAGGCAUUGUAUGCUUAGCUGCUUGAUUGGAUAGAGGGAUACCUUCGGUGUAAUAAUCUUAUUAUUGACAGUAGCAUGGCAAGGAGGGAAAAGGAAUUAGUAUUUUAAGGCAAUGUUUGUAAACACUAAAUUGCUCUAUAAUCAUAAAGUGAAAUAAAGGAAAUCUUUGCACUCCGUAGCAUUUCUCAGUCCCCUCUUGUUGCUCUAUGCUUACAGAGUCAUUGUGAGAGAGGACAUUUUUUUUGUGGCUUCCUUACGUUUUGCCUACGGAUGCCAUGAACUGGGUCAGGGAUCCGUGGCUAAAUUUGAAUUGUUGGUCAGUAGAACAUCAUGAUGCCACAAGAGGAAUUUUGGCACAAAACAAACCAGUGGUUCUAAAAUGUAAGCAGAGCAACAAGAGAUGUUAAUUGGUACAGAGAGAUUUGUUUGUUAUUCGUAGUAUUAUGGGGCACUGCAGAAAAAUGCGUGAAUAGUAGAAACUCUCAAUCCCUGAACUAGAGUUUCUACUAUUCCUCUUUCUUCUGGACACAUGUUGGGGUUGGUGACAACUUGCCACUAAGAAGAAACCUUAAACAUGUUAUGAAUUCCUUAAAAGAACCAUUGUAAGCAAUCUUGUCUGAAUAUUACCAAUCCAGUUGUUUUUAUGGGAGUGUUGUAAAUGGAUUUCACUAUUGGUGUUAUUACAUUGCCAAUUCUUGAUAUAGUAAAUUAUUUAAGCUUGAUUUUAACAAUUAUCACAAAACUCAACGUUGUGAACAUUUGGGCCGCUUUUAAUCUUCAGUUAAAACAACUCUUAUUUAAAAUUCUUCCUCUACAAUCCAUUUUUUAAUAUGCUGCACACAGAACAUAUUGAACUUGUACAACCCAACUGCAAUAAUUUUGAAGAUAAUUUAAAGCAAGUUGUAUCCUCUCCAUUUUAUUUAUAGCUAUCCACCUUCCGGUUUAUCUCUCUCAGUCUCUCUCUCCCCUCCCACCACUCAAUUUACUAACUCCCCAAGAGCUAUACUAUACUUGCACAACCAUGGUGAUUUAUCCUCACUGUUAAACAUCUACCACCCAAACCAAUCAGAAACUUUUGUAUAGUGGAUCUCCUACCAUCGUGCAGGUUAUUGAUUUACCAAAAUGCUGUGGCAUUGGCAUACAAGGGAAUUGCUACUGUAUGUGUUGGUUCUCCUUUUAACUCAAUGAUAUAAUAGGUCAGUUGAGUAAGUCCUAUGACUGGUCAUAUGUCUAACCUCAGCUCUAAAUUUUCAAAAGUUUUAGCAUAUUUUGAUCAGUGUGUAAAUUAGUGGGUUCAAUUAAAUAUGGAUAACUGUAAGUUUCUUAUGACUGUUAAAUCUAGUAGCACAGUAAUUCAGUCUACUGCUGAUCAAGGUAAAACUUUCCAUUCAAAUGGCAGGCAGUGAUCUUCCUUCAAUGUUAGAUGUAUCGUGACCAUAAAGUACCAAAGAAACCUGUGAUGAUGGCGUGUUUACAGCAGUUUGAGUGAAUGACUUUAACUUGCCCCAAUGUGCACAUAAUGGCAAUUUCUCAAGUGCAAACUGCAAAAUGCUUGAUUGCAUCACCUACUGAUGUUUUUCCCAGUUAUUUCUGUUUGUUUAUUGAAACAGGUUUAACUUUUUUUUCUUUGAAUGGUAAUAACGGCAAAUUGUUUUUAAAUAUUUAAACAUGAGAAUGAAAUAUUUAAGCAUAUAAAUUAGGAUCAACAGAAUUAGUGUAUGAAUUGUGAUUUAUUUUGUGAAGACAUUUUGUUAUGUGAUACUGUCUGUACCUAUAAUUUUACAUUUGACGUUAAAUGUUUUUAGUUUGAAUUUGAGCUAAUUUACAGUGAGCCAGAAAUGCCAAAUGGUGUUUUCUGUCAUAUCAUCAUAAUGUGUAAUUGAGAUUGGAUCUCUUGUCUGUAAUAUGAAAAAUGGUUGGGAUAGGAUUUAGGAAUGCCAUAAUGCCAAGGAUUGGGACGUGAGGAUUUGCCCACCACUGGUUACAGUGGAACAGUUAUGUUAAGGCAGUUCGGUGUCUAAUCCCAUAAACAAAGUUUUUAUUGUAUAUUGUGAGCAGCAAGUCUGACUGUUUGUAACACUGCAAUUUUGUUCUUUAUCCAUAAGGCAAAUUAAUAAGCUGUGCUUUUGAAAAGUAUUUUUUUCAAAGCUUUUAAACAUAGUAAUUGUUAGCCCCUAUACCUGUUUCUAUCAGUUAUUCCUCAAACACAAAGAACUUCCACUGUAUAGAUUGCUGUGUACAAUAAAUAUCUGUAGUUUAUAGUGACAGCAUAAAACAGGUGAUGAUUUAUGUAUCAUAUAUUGUACGGGGGAAAUGAGAGAUGACUCAGUGAGCUGGACAAGGGGAUUGUCCUACAUCUGCAGGUUUAAGUUCAAAUUCAAUAGAAACACUAUGGAAAGGAAAUGAUGGUUUCCUGCAAGUUGUGAAUAGUCUUAAAUCAAAUUGUGGCAUUCUUAUGAACUUUGAAUUACAUUUACCUCAAAUGUAAGAGUUGUUGCAUACUCGACGUUGGUGUGACUUGUUCAGUGUGUUAUCGCUCAACCUGGAGCAGGAGCAUGUGUAGUGAACCUAGAAAUCCUCAGUUCAUUGUCCAGCAAUUCUAAAGUUUUUGAGUUUUUGACUUCCUCUGUACCAAAAUAUUGCCUGUUGGUAUAUAAUUUUAUAUUUGAGCUGUUUUAAAAAGAAAAGUUGAGACUUAUCUUCUGAGUUAAAUGCAUCAUUAAACCUCAUUCAGCUAAUGUAGGGUAAUAUAAUUUAAAAAAUGAACUUAAAACUUUAUACAGGGACUCUCUUCAAUUUAGAGUUAAUUCAAAAACUUUGUAUGAUUUCUUACUCUUACAAAGGCUUAAUAGGAAUCACAUUUGCGAUUGACAUUACAACACUAAACAGUGUGAAUGAAUAGUUAGGGUCAUGGAGUCUUCUAAUCAAAGUCCAAAACCUCAUUAUUUCCACACCUGAGAACUAAUCUUUGAAAUUGUACCUGAUAACAUUACCAAUUCCUUACAGUAGGUCAGUAAUAAAAAAAAUGGACAAAGUGAUAUGAAGACUGGAAACCUAGGAUUCUCUUUGUCCUUUCAUAGUUGAAUCACAUGGGGUAUGAUAAAAAAAAUUAAAUUUCCAAGUGGACAUAGUACAAAAUGUCUAUUGGCCAUUGGCAGUAAUAAGGGCAGUAUUUCAGUCCACAUUAAAAAAAAUAGAAAAAUAAUGAAAAUUAAAUAUUCAUUUCAAAAUUUAGAUUUUUUUAUUCCACGGUUUUGCAUUAUCCUGAAGUGGAUACAGCGUCUAUAAAGUAUUAUUUAACUGGCUUAAAGACCCAUUUAUAGGUAAUGCAUCCAAUUAAAGAAUCCAUGGAAGAACAGUGCAGAGAGAAAUCCGGUUAAGAAGUUGAAAUGCCUGGCAAUAUGUCAGUCACAGAGUGCGGUGAGGAAUCAGGCAUUCACCUUUGCCCUUGUCAGAAAUGGACAGCAACUGAGUGAACUCAGGGUCCUAUUCUAUGGCUCUUACACCUAACCCAGCAGAUCCCUAGCAAUUUAAAUAAGUUCACAUUAAUAAUGAAAGUACAAUAAUAAGCUUAAAAUGAAUGAGACUGUAAUACCAUGGUUGACCACCGCUUCAUUCACCUAUAUGUAGCUGUGCUUUCUGCUCUGAAUUUAUUUUAACAAACACAGACUUUUGCUGAAUUUAGCAAAUUCCAGAGAACCCAUGUAGUUGUGCAAAACCCAACAGCCCUAACAAGAUUUGUUAACCUGAUUAUGGCAGGAGUUACAAAGCUGAAGUAUUUAUUGCACACGCAUAUGUAAAAUUCGAGUGAAUUUGUAUUUUCCGGUUUGCAAAGAAUAUAUGUUUAGCAUUUUUAAAAAAAAGUUAAACUCCAAACUUCUUGUGUUUAAUACACUGAACUUUCAUCCCCUAUCUGGUUCUUGUAAAACUUUUAUUUAAUACGCCUUUUACUGUUGUUUCAAUUUAUUAGGUUUUAUUUAUGUUGAAGCAUUUUUUUGCCACUGAUCAAACCCAAAUGGUAUUUGGUUUUGAUAAGAUCAUGAAGGUGGAACAGACCAAGCAGAAUGUUUUUUAAAAAAAAGUUACUUUCAUGAGCUGUCAAUGGGUUUGUUGUGCAAAUAAGAACUAAACACAUGCACAGCACACUCAUAAGGCACAAGAUUUCUAAUUUAGCCAGGAGCAAUAAGCCUGGCGUGACAAAAAAAAGACUGCUGGUGAUCUUGACGUACAGAAUACCUACCUUCAGAUAGGAAAAAAUAUCCAGGUUAAAAUGUUUUUAUGCUAAAUAUAGGUUACUCCUCCAUUGUUUGUUAAAUAAGUGGUAUAGAGCCACAAAGCUUUUUUUUUUAGAAGCUGCAAUGAACAUUUUGACCAUUUAGCAAUCGCCUUCCCCAAGACUGUUUCAAUCUCCUUUAAAGAAACUAUAUCCAGGAUCAUAUUUUCAGCUUUCAUGAAAAAUACUCCAGUCUUACAUUCUUCCAUCAAUACCACAAUUUUCAUUAUUAACACAAAUGUAUUGGCAUUAAUUUAAAUGAUCCCUGUAAAUUGAUACAUGAUCAAUUAUGCAAUUUGUAGAUUGUAUACAGUAAACUGUAAAAUUCUUUUUGUACAACAACUUAAUGGUGAUAGUUUUGCUUCUCUAAACUGGUGCUAUGCUUGUGCUAAACUCAAUACAAAUGUUGGAACAAUUCAUUCAUGAUGUCUUGGACCUUUAGUCCAGUUUUUCACUUGAUUCAUUGUUGAAUAAGAACUAUGUCAUUUUAACAGACAGAUGUGUUGAAUUUGUGAUUUCCAUCUUUUAACUUUGAUAGCUGCUGGUAUUAUGAUGGUGAUUGAUGUACACAGCACAUCCCAGAACCAGAUUUUUUUUUAAAAAAUGGCAGAGUUGUUGAGAGACUGCAGUUACUUGCUUUUUUAAAAAAAAUAGACUCUUCAGUUCACUUAUUUCUAUUUUUAUAUAUCUGUAGAUUAUCACCUUUGUUCUUUCUGGGAACACCCACUUAUUUUCCGAAAAACUUCAACCAAAACUUUUUUUUCCCACAAAAGUUGCAUUUUACAGGUGUUCUGUCAUGUCAGUCAUUUAAUUCCAGAAACCCAACAUGCUGAACCUGAGAAAAUCAGUACUUAUGAAAAGUGAGGUGAGGGAAAAUUCUGAAGAAAUGAAUUAAACAUUUUGUGAAUUAACAAAA